CGUUUCAAUAUUUGGUAACACUAAUCUAAUAUUGAACAAACAAUUUACUUACAUUUUUCCUAAAUUCGCAGAUACCGGUGGUUUAUGCCGUGAUAUCGACGAAAAUACAAGUAAAAAAUGUCGCAAGAAGUAGAGGAAACACUGAAGAGGAUUCAGAGCCACAAAGGUGUUGUGGGUACAAUUGUGGUCAACAAUGAAGGUAUACCCGUGAAAUCUACGUUGGACAAUACGACGACUGUUCAGUAUGCUGGUUUAAUGAGUCAGCUGGCGGACAAGGCCAGAAGUGUUGUAAGGGACUUGGAUCCCUCUAACGACAUGACAUUCCUUCGGGUGCGUUCCAAAAAGCACGAGAUCAUGGUGGCGCCCGACAAGGACUUUAUCCUGAUCGUCAUUCAGAACCCAACGGACUAAAGGGCCUGGCGCUUGGUGCGCAUUGCUGAAAUCACUACUGCACAUUUAUAUACAUAUAUACAAAUUGUCAGCGAGAGAAAAGAAAGUUAAAUUAUAAUGUAAUGAAAUUGUA